UCUUGAUUGGAAGAUUAUUUGCUUUCUUAAUUUUCUUUUAUUUUUAUUUUUUUUGUUAUAUUUUUUAUAUCUUUCUUUCCCUUCAGAUGGGUGCUAAUAACACCUGGUCAGCAAGAGAGGCCUGGCAUACGUAGGCUCUGUUCGUACCCCAUACUCUUCCUCGUUUUCUGCACCUACCAAGAGUUCAAGCCCACCGGAACCCCACUCCACCGAGGAGACCAGAACCAAAUCGAGCAGGUCCGUCAAUAUGCCCCCGGGCUGCGCAUGGAUUCAUCAUUUCAACUCGAUCCACCUCCCAUAAACGGGUAGACAGCUAGACAGCUUGCUGCGCAUCUCAAAGGACAAUCCGAUGACGACCAUGGCGUAUAUAAUUCUGCCCUUUGGCGACUGUUUGCCGGAGGCGACUGCGAGAAUGACGGCACUCGUUCUCAGUUUGGUCCCAGUCCAUCCGUAGCAGCAACAGUAGCAACCCAUCAUGAAGGCCUUUAUCGUCACUCUCCUCAUUGGUGUUGCCACUGCACUCGACAUUGUGCCUGGCAGCUAUAUCGUCCAGCUCAAGCCAGGUACAUCGGCUACGGCGCACCACCGAGCCGUACGUUCUCUCCUUCGCAAGCGCGAUUCGACGAUCCAGUCCUUCAGCAUUGGCCAAGACUUCAACGCCUAUGCAGCCACGGCUCUCUCUGCCGAGGACGCAGCGGCCCUCUCGGGACGCGAUGACGUGCUCUCCAUCGAGCCCGACUUUUACAUUAGUGUCCAUGACUUCAACAGGACAGACUUGGACUUGGAGCCACGUGCAUUGACAACCCAGUCGCCCUCCGGGGUUUGGAGCCUGUCUGACGUCUCUCACACCGCUGCAGGCGCCAGUGAUUACGUGUAUGACGACACUGCCGGUGCCGGGCAGACUGUGUACGUUGUCGACACGGGAAUCCGCAUCUCGCACCAGGAGUUUGAGGGCCGCGCUCGGUUUGGCUAUAGUGCCCUCACUGGCAGCACCUCAUACGAGGAGGACGGAGACGGACAUGGCACUCAUGUGGCUGGUACUGUAGCCGGCAAGACAUAUGGUGUUGCCAAGAAAGCUCAGGUUGUUGCUGUCAGGGUUUUUGGAUCGGACGGAACUGGCCAAGCUUCAUGGACUAUUGCUGGCAUUACGUGGGCAGUCAAUGACAUUCUCGCCCGCAAUGCUGCCUCAUCAUCGGUUAUAAACCUCUCUCUAUCGGCGAGUGCACCCUCUACCGCCCUCGAAGCGUUGGUUCGCUCUGCCUGGAAUCAGGGAAUUGUCAGUGUAUCGGCGGCUGGAAAUUCCGACUCGCCCGCAGCAAAUCUCAGUCCAGCGCGCAUUGCUGAGACGAUCACGGUCGGUAUGACACGCGCCGACCGCCGGCGCUCCCAAAUCAUCCCCAACAUCUACGGAAGCAACUGGGGCCCCGAGCUCGAUGUUUUCGCACCCGGCGAAGAUAUCCUAUCUGCUGAUUGGAGGUCUGACACUGGUGCGCGGACCACCACUGGUACCAGCAUGGCCACUCCUCUUGUCGCAGGCUUGAUCAGCUACUUGCGGGCACUCGAGGGCGGGCUUGCCAGCCCUAGUGAUGUCAAGGCCAGACUUGUGGCCUUGGGUCACAAAGGCGUGGUGACAGACCCCAAAGGCUCUCCAAAUGUACUGGUGUACAAUGGAAGCGGCAGGUAAAUGUGUGUGCGUGUCUGCGUGUAUGCUUGUAUCAAAAUGUCAUUAUAAUUCAGCCCUGUUUACCUUUCCC